GGUCCUUCAGGUAGGAGGUCCUGGGUGACUUUGGGCGUCCGCUCCUCCUAGGUGCACUGAGUCCCGGCUGCCGGCGUUGCUCGUUUGUGUUCUCCCUGCUUCCGUGCCCUCCGCCGCCACCAUGCUCCGCCAGAUCCUCAACCAGGCCAAGAAGCAUCCCAGCUUGAUCCCCCUCUUCAUAUUUAUCGGAGCCGGGGGUACUGGAGCAGCGCUGUAUGUCACACGGCUGGCAUUGUUCAAUCCAGAUGUCUGUUGGGACAGAAAAAAUAACCCAGAACCCUGGAACAAAGUGGCUCCCAAUGAGCAAUAUAAGUUCUACGCAGUGAAUGUAGAUUACAGCAAACUGAAGAAAGAAGGUCCAGACUUCUAAAUGAAUGUUUCACUAUAAAGCUGCUUAAAAUGAAGGUCUUCCAGAGCCAUCCGCACAAUUUUCCACUUAACCAGGAAAUAUUUCCCCUUCCAAAUGCACAAAAUCAUGUUGGUGUAUUGUGUUGGGGUUUACACUGAUCAAUAAAUAUUUGAAACUUGA